GAGCGACAGCGGCAGCAGUGACAGCAGCAACACCACCACCACCACCACCACCACCACACCACCACCACCACUGUCAACAGCACCGGCAGCGGCAGCAGCAGCGGCAGCCGCAGCAGCAGCAGUCAAAGCUUUACUUGGUUUGCCAGUCGGUGACCGGAGAGUGAUCGGGAUGAACAGCCGAGAGUCAAUGGAGGUUUUUCUCCUUCUUUUGUUUUGCAGCCAAGUGAUCCAUGCCAGUCCACUCUUUGAAUUUGGUGUUGGUGCAGGAGAUGAUAAAGCGGAACAUUCCGAAGAUGACUAUAUUAUUUCGUUGCCCCACGAUAUUUAUUUUGCUGGGAUGCGUUAUAAGCAAUUGCAUGUUACUCCAUUUGGAAGUUUAGGAUUUAAAAAGCAAAAGUUCGAACUUGUCGACUGGGAUGGUCCAAGGGAAUAUGAUGUGCAAGACCCCCCUUUUAUUGCUCCUCUGUAUUUCGACUCAACCUUCUCUGCAGAACAAGUCAGUCGACAAGACGAAGGCAUAUUUUUUCGAGCUGUCACCGAUCCAGAUAUCAAGGCCAAUGUUACGAAUAUCAUACAACAAUCUAUGGUAGGAGCCAAACAUUUCAACUCAAGUAUUGUUGUCAUUGUGACUUGGCAAGGCCUGAUCGACCGAAAAGAUUUAAUGAAUGGUGUUCUGGAUGAUUCCAACACAUUCCAGUUAGUUGUCGCAGCAAACAAAUAUGAAACCUACGCCAUGUUCAACUAUAAAGAAGUUAACCCAAAGGAAAAAUUCUAUCACGCAGGUAUAAAUGCAGGGAAUUAUCGUGGUUGGACUUCUGUUCUUCCCGGGAAGGAGAAAACCGAUCUCUCCACUUUACCACAUAUUUCCGGAUUCGAUGUUCCAGGCAGAUUUUUAUUCCGAGUCUCUUCUGAUCUUCCAGAACGAGGUGGCUGUACUAACAUUACUAGCGAACUGCACUUGAGCGUAUCAACAAGGUUUAUCGGAAUGUUUGGGGGAGAAAUGCUCGAAGUUACAGGCUUGUGUUUAGAAGAAAAUACAACUGCCCGAUGUACUUUUAGGCAUUUGUCUCAGAAAGAAGAGGUUUCUAAUGGCAUCGUGAUCAACAAAGCAAAAGUUAGAUGUCCAGUACCACGAUUUCUGUUUAGAGGAGAAACUACGCUGAAAGUACAGCUAGACACCAUAGAUUCUUCCAUGCCAUAUACUGUAGUGCACGUUGUCUUACCUAAACUAAAGCCCGAAACGGUUACCACUCUAAACCCUAACGACUGGGACAAAACCGAUGUUGAACGCUUGCGUAUUUUAUGGAAGCCACACCUACUUAGUUUGGACUACAAGGCUACAGUCAAUAUUAAUCUCAUUGGUUAUAAAGAAGAUAGACAUAAGCCACAAUACAAGAAGCUCGCAACCAUCAAGAAGAACCACAAAUUGUACGAAAGCCGGUUGGAGUUUAAUCCCAGCAAAUAUUCCUGUAAAGGAUCUGAUUGCGAUUAUGAAAUAGGGCUCAUAGAAGUUGAGCUUACAAACAUAUCGAAAGCAAACACUCAUGUGUUCUUAAACUCUAAAAUAAUUCCCCUAGGAUGGUAUAUAGCUCCUACUUUACGUCGAAAAAUUGGCGCAAACUGGGCAUCGAAUAAAUGUGAAUUGAUGAAAAAUGAUGUAAGUUACAACAGAGACUGGCUUGACCAUUUGAUUCCGUGCCCAUGUAACUUGGACCAAGCACUAGCAGACUUCGGCCGUUGGUUGACCCAACCCAGUUGCAAUAUAUUUUCGAAUUCUAAAUGUCGUUUCCACGAAGGAGCAGUCCACUGCGUGAAAUCAACCUGUCCAACGAAGAGAGCUGCAGGGAACCAAUGCUGCUAUCGUAAAGAUGGAAGUCUAAUUUACAGCAGAGAUUCCCAUCAUGGCAGUACUCCAGACAAAGCUGCAGCUUUUGGUGCCUAUCCUUACGCAAAAGUAAACCAUGUACCACAACUAUCUCAUUGGGUCUGGGAUGUGAUUCCUUACUAUCAUUGUUGCCUCUGGUCAACUAACAAUUGCGACGUCUACAUGAACCUUCGCCCAACCAAAAACUGCAAUUCUUAUAAGGCGCCAUCCACAAGUGUUCUAUUCGGAGAUCCUCAUGUAAUCACAUUUGAUGGGAAAAAUUACACGAUGCAGAUCCUCGGCAUGUACUGGCUCCUUCAAUCAGACGAUAAGAACUUCCUGCUUCAAGGAGAUUUCGAUCGGUCUCCCAACGUUGCAUCUUCUGUGCCCAAAGAAUUCACCAGUCUGGUAGCAGUGGCUAUACGAUCCCAACAAGAAAGCAACGUUGAAAUAAGAAUGAGGUACCCUCAUACAGAUGAAUAUGUCCUUGAUAUUUCCGUAAAUAAUGAAUAUCUACACUUUAAUGAGGAAAAUGGAUAUGCUCAAAUUCACAGACAAGUAGCAAUUAUUGAUAAUAGCCGAAAAGGUAAACAAGACAAUUUCACUAUUCUAACCAGUUCCGGCGUUGGAGUUCGAGUGUCUGUAAAAUAUGAUAUGAUGCAAUUGGUUGUAGUCACACCACCAGACCUUAAAUAUAAAGUUAAUGGGUUGCUGGGAUCCUGGAAUGAUAAACCCACAGAUGAUCAACCACGGAAUAUUACUCACUGGGCCGUUCUGAACAGAACCAAAAGCUUGUUUAGACAUUUCAGGGCACGUGACACAUCAUUUGUAGGAGGUAGUUCGGCUAAUUUAACCAUUCCAACUGACGCAGAAGUUUUAUGUGGUCGUGAACGAUUUAGCGAAAUUUGCAAAUACGAUUAUGCUGUUACGGGAAAUAGAAACAUAGCCCAUAACAGCAAGAAUAUUGCCCGAUUAUACGAGUAUCUUACAAAAAGCCAGAAAACACGAAAUUCAUGUGGCCAUCUUGAUGUAGACAAUGCCGUUAUCGACAAUUUCAACUACACUGUAGGAAGUAAGGUGAAGAUAACAGGAUGCAAGAAGUCGUAUUUCUUGAAAGGUCAUGACACGUAUAAAUGUGAAAUAAAAUCUGAAAAUUCCCUUCCGGAAUGGAAUCCAGAAGUUGACGCUAAAUGUCUUCAUCGAGAACAAGCUAUAGCACAGAUGGCAUUAAUAAUAGGCGUUAUUGUGGGUGCUGUGGUAUUAAUAGCUUUGAUAAUUGGAAUUGCCUGUUUUAUUAAAAGGAGGUCUUCAAAGAAAGAGAAACCAAUAUCAGUCAGCAAAGAAGAAGAGAAACAAGCAGAGAAAAUGCUUGCACCUGAAGGAGAAAGAGCGGAGAUACGUGACAUGGAAUGUCAAUAUUCAAAGAACUAGAGAUGUGCUAAACCUGUACACACACACAAACACACAUAUAUAUGUAUAUACGUAUGCAACUGUAUAUAUAUAUUAUAUAUA